AUGCAUUCACUCUUAUAUAUUGCGUCGUAUCUACCCUUAUCACAGAAGCAAGGACUACUUGCUUCGCCCGGCGUCGUCAAUCCUUCACCCAACGACCAAAUCGUUGAUCCGUGCUCACUGGCCGAAUCCCCGAGCGUCAAUGCCAGUGUUCAAUUAGGAAGUUGGGUCGAGUGUCAAAUCAAUGGCUUCUACCCAUUUCCGGCGAAUGAACACUGGCAAGAAGGACACGCGUCGUCUUUCUCCAAGGAUCUUCGCUUCACAUUCAACGAGACACGUUACGACUUUGACGGCUCACUGCGACUGUAUAAAACCUUCAAUGCCAGCUUAGCGAAAGCGUUUGUACCAUUCAAGCAUGGCUUCAUCAACACGCUCGGCGUCCCCAACAGCAAUGGUGACAGGGGCGGGUUUGUGUACAUGAUCGGCUGGGCUGGCGGCUACCAAACGCUUGCUCAACGUGAAAUGUACUUCACCAACGCUGCUUUUGCUGUCGUCAAGGAAGAGAAAGGACAGCGCAAGAUUGUCGAGUUCAGGGAGAGUAGCAACAUCCCCAAUCAUGCGCCUUUGCCCGAGCAAACGGCCUGGGACUGUCACUUUCCCAAGGAGAAGAUGGAGCUCAAAGUGUAG